AUGUCAAUAAGCAACGGCUGGUCGUCCGCCUCAAUUAUAUCGGACGUGCUGCCGGAAGAGGAGUUCGAGGAGGUUGACGAAGAAGGUAACCACUAUUUUCUACCUACUUUUCGUCAUUGUUGCCUUCUUUUUCUGCUUUUUGGCCCUCUGCUCUAUUUUCAAUGAUUUUCAAACUAAAAACGCAAAACGAUGAAUCCAAUUUUAAAGUGAAAUUAGUGAAAAUCUCUGAAAAUCAUAAACGUUUUCCCACUUUUUGCUCCCGUUUCAAAGUGAUCGUUCUGCUCAUCCUCACCGCAGAGUGCUUCAGAACCCCCAUGAAUUCAUGAUGACCCCUGGAAAAGUUUGGCAUUCCAAUGAAUAGUUGAGCGCUGAGCCCUGAGCACACAUUUGGAGCAUUUCCCCCAGUCUUCUGUGAUCCGCGCAAAUGUUCAGUGUUCCGGGCUUCUGUACCUCAAGAGUUCAGCAGCCGAGAGGAGCCAAUUUUUGUAAGUUAGUGUGGGGAGAAAUUAUAUUUUUUCUUCAGGUUUCCUUUAAAAUGUUCAAUUUUUAGAUGAACUUGUGCUCACUGACAAUGAACGACUGCGUGGGCGAGUGGAAGAGUUGGAAAAGAUUGUUCUGAUGCAGAGAAAUGAAAUUGUAAGUCUUAUUACUGUACAUAUAUACCUACAGUAACCGUUCAGAUGCUUCUGCAAAGCUCCACAGUCGAAAUAUUGAGAAGGCUACAGAACUUGGAGUUGAAAGAGAAAACGAGCAGUUCGGCAUCUUCUAUAGGAUAUAAUUCAUGUAAGAAAGUACAACAAGACAUUGUACGUUAUCCGCGAACACCAUACACUUCAGUUCCCCGAUCGGUGGCCCGAAUUUCCGGCUCCAAAAGCUCCUACUCGAUGUCGCCAUCGCCAGUCCCUCCGCCCCACUUGCCACGUCAUCAUCAUCAUUAUAACAACAAUAACAGUGACGUGGCCUCAUCAUCUUCCAUGCCACGUCGUCUACCAACACGUGGCAGUGACAUGGUAAACGUGUCGGUGGGCAAGUCGGCGAGAGGAUCGCCGAUGCGAAAAUGGGUGUCGAGCCAGGACAUCAAGGAUCAGGACAGGUUUGGCAGAAGACUUUCGACGUCGUCGGACGCCAGCACAAGUACCACUAUGAACCCGAUCGUCAACAGUGUUCGGAGGCUUUCGACGUACGUUUUUGAGUGAUUCCCUCCCUCUGCAUGCUCUUUUCCCUUUUCUUCAGCACCCACCGUCAAUCGAGCCCUUCACUUCUUUCCCUUUGCUCAAUUGCCUCCAGAAAUUCUGCAACUUCUUCUGUCUUGCGGUGUGUGUGUGUGUGUGUGUGAAUGUUUUUUCUUGUUUGUUCGCCUCACCUUUUCCUCGAGCCUCUCAGCCUAUUUUUUGGUAAUUUCCAGAAGAAACGCCCGAACGUGUCACUUUUCCUCCGGCAGUUCACAACUUCCUAUCUUCAUUUCGGGAAAGAGUGUCCAAGUUCCAGUGCCAACUGGCUACGAGAAUCUGGAUCCGACAGCCGAUCAGGAUCCGCCGAGCAUCAAAGCCACGUUGAAACAUGUUUACAGUAAGAGAAAAUAAUGGCUACAGUAAUCAUGCGUCUCAUUUUCCAGGUUAUCGCGGAAAAGAUGUACGAUCCAAUGUGGAAACUCUGCCAACGGGUGAAUUGGUAUUCUUUUCGGCGAACUUGGUUAUUUUAAUGAAUAUCACUGGAGAGGAUCGGAGUCAACGCAUCUAUCACGGACAUACUUGUGAUGUCAAAUGGUACGAAUUUUCAUAUUAGAACCAAAUUUUGAACUCUCUGACAAUUGCAGCAUAGCUUUGCAUCCGAACAAAAUCCUCAUCGCUUCCGGUCAGUCGUCUUGUCAUUCCCUCGAAAAAUCUUUGAAAUCCGAGCACACCUCUCCCGUGGAAUCCCCGGAAGAGCUCGUGAAACAGCUGGAAAUGGAGCACACGGAAGCGCACGUUCGUAUUUGGGAUACUGUCAAACUGACGACUCUCGUGAUACUCAACGGAUUCGAAAAAGGCAUUUGCCACGUGGCAUUCUCGCAAACCGAUUCUGGAAGUCAUUUGGCAGUUGUGGAUGAUUCACUGAAGCACACACUGUCGGUUUGGAGUUGGCAGAAAGGGAGCAGAGAUGGAGAGGUCAAGGUGAGUGUGGGCAACGGUAUCUAGCACAUGUUGAAUUACGGUAAUCGCAACUUUUCGUAGGAAUAUUUCUGAUUGCUAUAAUUUAGUCUAUAAAACCUUAAAACAAUCCUUCUAGGCCGCCAACGACGUGGUUUUCGAGUGUAAAUGGCACCCGACCAUCCGAAAUCUACUCGUGCUCUACGGAAAAGGACACUUCUCCUUUUUCACCUACAACCCUGCAACUGGCGUUUUUUUAAAGACUGUCGCCACUUUUGAGGGUCGGGACAAGCCGAAAACAGUGCUGAGUCUGUGCUUCGGACCGGACGGACAAGUGGUGACCGGGGAUUCGAAUGGAACAAUAUCCAUUUGGGAUCCGAAGACUUACAGGACUUUGAAACAGGUUUUUUUUUCAUUUUUGCUACAACUUGUGCAAAGAGUAUUUUUAGGCCCAUUCAGUGCACCCGGGAGGCGUCUACGCUCUGGCUCUUGCCAAGUCCGGAAAAGUACUGUCUGGCGGCAAGGACCGCAUGAUAAGCGAGUGGGAUUGCAACGAUUUGGUCCGGUCCAGACGGCCUGUUGAGGUAAUUUGUUUUUUGAAUAUUCUAAAAAAUGAAAAGUAUUAUUCAGCUUCCCGAUGAGAAAGGUUUUCCACGAGUUAUAUUGCAAAAUGGAGCGGGUCUCAUAGUUGGAACAUCUUCCAACACACUUUUGUACGGAAAUAUAGAACAUAACGGUUUGACAACGCUUGUAGAGGUACAAAAUGUCAAACUUGCCCUUUUUGCAUCCAAAAAAAAACGUUUCAGGGUGAUCCUGGUGACCUGUCAACCCUCCUAACCUGUGGAUCCAACCAACUCAUCACCACUUCCCAGUGCGGAACCGUUCGGAUUUGGAACAUUUCCGAGAAAAAAGUGGAAUACUCGAAAAAGUUCAUGGACGCAGUAGAAUGCGUUGACGUGGAUGCAACGCAGACGCAUUUGCUGCUGGGAUUUGCGGGCGGCAUGUGGAAUGUGAUAAAUAUUGGAAAAAAGCAGACGAUCAAAGAGCAUCGCGAAGGCACGACGCCUAUUACUGCGGUGAAGUUCACACCUGUUGGAAGCACUUUUGCGGUGGCGACCAAGGUAAGAAAGAAAAAAAAAAUUAUCCGGUCAUUUCGCCACCAAACACUUCCAGGACCCCUCUCUGACCAUCUACCGCAUCGACGGCUCCAAGAAUCUUCUGGUAAUCUCCAGAAUCCACCACCUUCCGUCUCCACUCGUCGCCAUCGACUUCUCCGAUGAUUCGCAGCACAUUCGGGCUCAAUCCACGGGAGCCCAUUUGCUUUUCUGGUCGAAAAGUGGCGAGAUUUGUGAUGGGAGUAGUGUAAGAGAUGUGAAAUGGGUCAGUUCUCGAGUCAAAAUUGGAUUCGAGUCGGCUCUCGUCGCACAUUCCUCUAAUGGUGAGUUUGAACGAAUAUUGUCAAGUUCUAGAAACUUCCUAUGGAUUUUCAAAGUUUGCCUAAAAAGUUGAUAUCAGAACCUGUUUUAAUUUCAGGUCAAGUUAGCUCAGUGGCUCGAACCGAUGACCUUUUGGUGGUUGGCAUGGAAAACGGCACAAUCAGACUUUAUCAGAAUCCGGUGACAAGUGUUACGGUAUGUCUCAAUGUCUUCAAAAACACAAAACACGAAUAUUCAGGCCGGUUUCAUCGAGCUGUUAGGUCACGGAAAGCUGGUGAAAUCUGUGAGCUUCUCCUCGAAACCCUCGCAAUUAUUCUCGUGCUCAUCCACUGAUAAUUCGAUUUUUGAAUGGACAUUGGAAUAA